UGGGUGCUUUAUGCAAAGACGCCUUUUAGACUUAUCAAAUUAAUUGGGUUUUGUGCUUGACUAACUUGCUUUAUAGCACAAGUACUUUUUCUUUUUUCUUUUUUUCGUGGCUACUGUUAAUUGUGCUAAAGACUGUACUUUUUACUGUUUUUUUAUGCAGAAAGACAAGGUUUUGAAUUGAGGGUUUUGUAUUUGUGGUUCAAAUUUGUGUUUUUUGUGUUAAAGUUCAGAUUUUUGAGGGUCUUGUUGAAGUGUUUUGACGACCUGUGCUGAAAAGAGGUAGAGUUGGAGAAAAUUGAGGGAGCAAAAAUAGAAGCGUUUGAGUUCUGGGGUGGCCAUAAAGCCUGUAACUCCUCAUGGAUUACUUAGAUUGCAGAAAGUUUGAACUUUUUCUGGUUUUCUUGGCGGUUUUUGCUGUGCCAACUUGCAGGGGAUUCACAGACAUUCGUGAUGUCUAUGCAAUUAACAGUUUAUAUGCUGCUUUGGGCAACCCACCGCUCGCCGGGUGGCUUCCAGUUGGUGGGGACCCAUGUGGGUUUGCUUGGCAAGGAGUGCAGUGUGUCAAUGCCAAUAUAACUGCUAUUAAUCUUAAUGGCCUGAAUUUGGGAGGCGAACUCAGUAAUGAUUUGGGCUCCUUUGCUUCCAUAAUACAAGUAGACCUUGGUGCCAACCAAAUUGGAGGCAGUAUACCAACCAAUUUGCCUUCUACUCUCCAAAUCUUUUCUCUUUAUGAUAAUCAGUUGAGCGGAAGCAUCCCGGAUAGUAUAUCGUUGUUGGGUCAGCUGACAGACUUGUCGCUGGGAAACAAUCAUUUAACAGGAGAAAUUCCAGAUGUCUUUCAGCAGCUUACCGGCUUGACCACUCUGAACUUAUCUGGUAACAUGCUGAGCAGCCAACUGCCUUCUUCAAUGGGAAAAUUAUCCUCUCUUACAAAGUUGUACUUGCAAGAGAAUCAGCUUUCUGGGACUCUUGAUGUUCUAGAAGAUCUUCCUUUGACUGAUUUAAAUAUAGAGAAUAACCUCUUCUCUGGGCCGGUUCCUGAGAAAUUAAAGAAUAUACCAAACUUCAGAAAAGCUGGAAACCCUUUCAACACCUCAAUUAUUCCAUCACCACCUGUCUCAUCCCCAUCACCAUCUUCAUCACCAUCACCAUCUGAGGCAUCUCCUCCCGAAUUAGCCCCAGUGCAGCAAGCAACUGGACCAUCACUGCAAUGGUCUUCACAGACUGGAAGCACCAGAGGCACAACUAAGACGUCUAAAAGCAUUUCAUGGAUUGCUAUUGCAGGAAUCCUUUUCAUCAUAGUACUUGCAUUGGGGAUGUGUCUUCUCCUGUGUUGGUGCUGCAAGAGGAGGGAAGUGGCUGGGAAAAUAGCCAAGCGGCAUGAAGCAUAUCCGCAUCAUGGCACCAGUGCAAACUACAAGGAAGAUCACUCAUUGCGAAAGCCUGAUUAUCAAGUAGAGAAAGUGACAAAAGAAGCAGUUACAAGGCCAACAAUGACCUCAUUAGAAGCAAAGCAGGACAAGAGUGCCAACCGUAAGAAUGCAUUUAAAAAGCAGGAGGAUCACAGAAUCGACAUAACAUGGAUGGAUUCAAGUGGGACAGAUUCAAGUAUUCGACCACCGCCACCACCUCCUUUUCCACUUCUGCCUUCAGAGAGGAUCAUUGCAGAUCCUAUUUUGCCUUUGAUAAACCCUAGUGGACGUACUAUUGAUUCUGUGAAUUCUGUGAAGACAUUCACUAUUGCAUCUCUUCAACAAUAUACGGAUAGCUUCUCUCAGGAAAAUCUUGUCGGAAAAGGCAUGUUGGGCACAGUGUAUAAAGCUAAGCUUCCCAAUGGAAAGUUGCUGGCUGUCAAGAAACUCAACACUGCAACAUCCAGGCAUCAAAACGACAGAGACUUCAUUCAGCUAGUUUCUAAUAUUGCUAAACUUCAGCAUGCGAACAUAAUCCAGCUUGUGGGCUACUGUGCGGAGCACAGACAAUGGAUGCUUGUAUACGAGUAUUGCGAAAAUGGAACACUUCAUGAAGCACUACACUUGGAUGAUGAAAUCAAUAAAAGGCUUUCUUGGAGUACUCGCAUCCACUUGGCCCUUCAAGCAGCUAGAGCCUUGGAGUAUCUGCAUGAAGUUUGUCAACCGCCAAUUGUUCACCAGAACUUCAAGUCUGCUAAUAUCCUCCUAGACAAUGAGCUUUCUGUAUAUGUUUCAGACUCUGGUUUGGCGCCUCUACUAUCAUCUAAUUCAAUGGCUGAGCUGCAAGCUUGUGGAUAUGGUGGCCCUGAACUUGAAUCAGGAAGCUAUACACAUCACAGUGAUGUUUACAGCUUUGGAGUUGUUAUGUUAGAGCUUCUGACAGGAAGAAAAUCUUAUGACAGGUCACGUCCUCGAGGGGAGCAAUUUUUGGUUAGAUGGGCAAUUCCUCGGCUUCAUGACAUAGACACAUUGUCAAGAAUGGUUGAUCCUUCUCUAAAUGGUGUAUAUUCUUCAAAAUCUUUAUCGCGUUUUGCUGAUAUAAUUUCCUUGUGCAUUCAGCCGGAGCCAGAAUUCAGACCGCCCAUGUCAGAAAUUGUCCAGAACCUCUUACAAAUGGUACAAAGGAAUUCUUGAACAAGGGAUGAGACCCUACAAUCUCUUUUGUGAAGCUCUUGGUGGCAUAAGAGUUGAAUUCUGAACGUUCUCUUUGUUCUGCUAACCAGUCGUGCAUGAUGACAUGUAUAAGAAGUAGCUUUUGUGAAACUCUUCUUCUAAAGCCUUGCUUUCCUGCUCUUUUGUACGUGAAGCCACAAUUUUUCUAAUCCAAUUCUUUAAUUUUUUUUUUCCUUGGCCCCUAAUUGUAUUCAUCAAUUGGGUAGGAUAUUGAGAUGUAUAUUUGUUUUCUUUGCACUUCAAUUGCUUAAAAACCAUAACUUGGACUAUAACCCAAGUGUAUUAACAGACACGAGUUUUAUGGGA